AGCGCUGUAUGCUGUGCGAGGCGGGCAAACGAGGCAUUCAGGGGUCACCGUUCAGUUAACCUUGUCAGGGCCCGUCGUACUGUACAGGCAUUGUUAUGAGUCGUACGGCGACUCGCACUCUAGGCUUUCGCACGUAUGCCACUUACCACUAUCUUGCGGGCAUCUUACUAUGCUUAUAUAAGACGCACAGCCUCUUUCCGCCACACGACUUCCGGCCGGCGGUAACUCCAGCGCUGGUGGCAUUGAACAGGGUGACAUCUGCCAAGUUAACAAGAGCCGACACGCCAACACUUUACUUGGCUACGAUGUACGAUUUUGAUGAUACACCCGGAUUGCUCGUCGUAGGGAACAGGUUUGGCAAGCUUGCCCUGCUCAACUUCAGCACUGUUCUCUUACCGACACUGGCGGGCUGCCUUCUACGGAGCGAGUUUGUUUCCGAAGAUGGCGGCAUGGGGCUCUUUAACGUUGCUGUUACGUGCAGUCUAACACCACCGUUCCCAUGCAGCGCGCCACGUUAUCACCGAUGGAUGCGCUGAAGGAGCUCUCGCACUCCUGGCAUGAAAAUAGACGCGUGGGCCUGCAGGAUGGAGCUGUAGUUGGCUUACACAGCUUACUCUAAGUCCUAAUGAUGUUUCCAGUUGUCUCCCGACAUUCCAUCCGCUCACGUUUAUCCCUUACCCCAGUCGCUUCUCGUGUGGCCUCGAGCACACCUUGAAUUACUUCGGCACGCCAACC